AUGGUAUCGCAACGCCUAUCCUCCCUCUCCGCUGUGCGGAAACAGCAUUUGCUCGUCGAAUUCUCGAGUCUCAAGUACGCUGGUCCACACGGCGUGUUCAUGAGCCUCACACCGGGCGAUCCCACGCUGUGGUCCGGCGUAAUAUUCGUACGGAAAGGACCCUACGCCCCCGCAAUCCUGCGUUUCCAAAUCUCCUUCCCACCAACAUACCCCUCCCUCCCCCCUCUCGUAACAUUCAGCACCGACAUUUUCCAUCCCUUAAUCACACCCCUAACAACCUACAUGUACACGACCGAUAUCCAAGAUUCAGGAACCGUGUCUGCUACCGAUGAGGAACGACUCCCUCCUGGUGGAUUUUCGUUAAGGCAAGGAUUCCCAGCUUGGUUUGGGAGAGCGAGUAGCAGGAGGAGUGCGGAGCGGGAGAGGGUUAAAGGUAGUUUGCAGACUCCAUCAAGAGGGGGAAUGGAGAGUCCUGGGAGCGGGAGUGGGAGGACAGAGGAUAGUGGGGUUAGUGCGAGUGGAGGGACGGUGGGACAUGCAGAGAGGAGGAAGAGCGAUGUCAGCACGUAUGAUGUGCUGCGCUAUAUCCGUUCAACAUUUGAUGACGAAGAGGUGCUGGAUUCGGUACCGCUUGAAGCGGCGGGGAAUCCUGGCGCAUGUUAUGCGUGGAGGGCGUAUCGGGCGAAAUCUGGGAAGGUGUUAAAUCAUGAGGGAGCGGGGAAGGAAAAGAUGGCUUGGCAUGAUGGGUUGAGUGAUGGGGAAGACGACCACAGUGCUGGGGGGCACCAGAGGGUUGCUGGGGGUAGCUCAAGUCCUAUGGCGAAUAGAAGGCCUGGAGAGUGGAAUUGGGACGGGGUUUGGGAGAUUAGGGUUAAGAAGGGGGUCGAGGGCAGUCUUGCUGAGGCAGCCUUAUAUGGGAAGGAUGCCGGGGAUGAUCUUAUUAGGUUCUUGAGUAUGGAGGGGGAGGAGGUGGAGACGAUCAAGGAGAAUAUCACGAGAAGUCUUGAGGUAGAACCGCAGAGGAGAGGGGUUGCCUAA